UCGAUGAAAGUACCCGCGCUAUAAGGACCACGAGGAAUCCCACAAAUUAAGACCCCCAAAUCACCUAAAUGAGCUCUUACUUUGUAAACUCGUUCUCAGGGCGCUACCCAAAUGCCCCCGACUAUCAACUGUUAAAUUAUGCACCCGGCAGCGGUGCAUUGAACGGCGGGGCGUACAGGGAUUUUUCCACGGCCACCAUGCACCAUGCGACUGGCUCUUACGGCUAUGGCUGCAACGGUAUGGACCUGUCGGUCACAAGCCGGGAAGGGGUGAACACCAGUGCCUCAAACACAGAAGGACACGUCGGGGGAGACUGUCGGAACUUUAGCCCCGUGGACAGUGAGAGGAGUUUCAGGCAAUCGUCCAGCGGUUCCAUCGCCUCCGUCAGAGACAGUAAGCAGAGUAGUCGGAGCUCGUCUCCCCGCUCGGAGCAACCAGGAAGCGGUCUUCUUAGCAUCUUUAACCUGCCCUCGACCACGUCCGGCGGGGGAGCUACACAGAGAUUUGCGGAGCUGAACGAAAAGUUACCAGAAGCGGAUGAGAUGCAACACAACACGCGGGAUAGCGGCGAUGGCAUAACACAGCCUGCACAGAAACACGAGUGCGGACAGGCGGACAGUUCAAACCCGGGAUGCACGACGGGCAGCGAGUCGCCCCAGAUAUUUCCAUGGAUGAGAAAGCUGCACAUCAGCCAUGAUAUGACGGGCCCCGAUGGGAAACGUGCACGGACGGCAUAUACCCGCUACCAGACACUCGAGCUGGAGAAGGAGUUUCACUUCAACCGCUAUCUCACGCGGCGGCGGCGUAUCGAGAUCGCACACACGCUUUGCCUCACCGAGCGCCAAAUUAAGAUUUGGUUCCAAAACCGAAGGAUGAAGUGGAAGAAGGACAACAAACUGAAAAGCAUGACCCUUGGCUCUGCUGGUCCAGCCUUCCAACCUUAGGAAUUAGCAUUAUUAUUAAUAUUAGUUUUAAACACCCUUAUUUUAAUGGGAUAUUGUUUUUAUACAUGCUUCAAAAUGGGAGAAACUGAAGACAAAAACAUCAACAAUAAAAGCUACCAAUAGAGGAAAAGGAGCAAAGAGACUAUAGGGACUCCACACCAGACUCCAAGACAUACUGUAUUCAGUAUACAAAUAUACAACACAUAAUUUGUAACCCAGUACUAUAUUUCAACACAGCACUUUCAUUUCUUCGGCAUGGUGGACUACUGUGUUUUAGAUAAACGUUAAGCUAUUAAUGUGGUACUUGGUAGUGCGUUCUUGUGUUGUCGCUUUGAAAAACAUCCGUCUUCAUGGUAGAACACAAAAAGAAAAAAAUAUCUUACAUCCUAUACUUAAUCAUAAAUUUUGUAUAGCUGUUGCUUGCUAUAAAUUGUUAAUGUCUAGUGCGAAUUUGAACGUCUUUAUUGUAAGUUAUUUGCGACUACAGCCAAACCGUGUCUAAAUAACACCAUAGUUAUACGCCAUUAAAAUCUGCUCUGGAGUUUUUGUUACUGUAAGCGUGUGUAUACGUCACCAUUUUUUUUUUUUUACUUUCAACUAUUC